AUGGAGAACGGAACUGCGUCACCGGUCCUGGUGCCGGACCACCGCAGGUACGCGUCCCUCAAGAGUGCUCUGGAGUCUCCCGGGCUGCUUGUGAAAAACUGCAUUGGGACGGGGUCCGACCCGCCCCGACAAAGUCGUCCGGCGCAGAUGGCGUCAGCGUCAGGCUGCCCUUCUGAGACCAGUGCGCAUUUAUUCGCAGAAAAAUCCGAGAAUGUCCCGUAUUCGACGCCUUUUGUUUUGCCCGGAGGCCUUAUUUCUCAUGCUUUCCCGCCGGCGAACACGCCCCGAGCAGCGCCCGGAAGGCCCAGUUGGGGUUCGAACCCCCAACAGGAGACUGCGGACGACGUCAACUAUACAGCGACGCCCCGGAAAUUGCUGCCUUCUCUGAAGGUGGUUAGAAUAGCGCAAGCUGGGCAGUCUCUUUGUGUUUCGCCCGCGGAUGCCGGCGGGCUCGCGCUGCAGACCACUGGAUGGCUCACGUCCAGGGGCAUUUCACGCGUCCCGCCCAUGCCGAAAGCGCAGCAGGAUGCCAGUGAAGUCGCCGACACUCUUUUGUCCCCACGAUUCGUUCCCAACCCUGCUGGCGUUCUUCAUGUGAGCCCAUUCCCUCAAGCUUCUGCUCCGAAGCUCGGAUCUGGGUUUUCUCUCAACCUGCCAGCGGGCCAUUCUGAUCGUUCCAUGCAGCCAUGCAGCGGCGGCAGGAGGCCACAGGAGGGAACCAAACUCAAGGCUUCGGCAACUGCUGCAGAGGAGGGCGCGGGUAACGCGCCUGCGAUCUCGCCUCCACCCCGGGCGACGUCGUUCACUGCCGUAGCGGGCCUCUCACUCGUGUCACGGCCGCUGGAAAGCGAUGAAGCCAUCCGAAGGGAAGUCUCGCAGCUCCGUGGAAGCAGGCCGAGCUCCGGCGGCGACUUCAUCCAACCCGUCUACGCCUCGCCAGCUCCUUUCCCGGUAGCGCCGACUGGAGGCGUUGCAUCCGGCCCCAAGGGCGCCUCAUCCGCCUCGAGCGAAGGAGGCAACUCGUCCUGCGGUGUGAUCCCGGGGAACGGUGCCGAGCGCCUUGGCCCCUUCGUCUACUCAGUCUCGUCAGACCGCCACCCAGUGGCUGCGUCGGGAGCCCCAUCACAAGGGGCCGCACCGUGCGUUUUGCCACAAGCCGGGGGAAGCAGCACUGCGGACCCGCCCCGCCUGGUGUCGCCCAGCCUGGAAGGGCUCUGUGUGCAAUACGUGAAAGGCUCGCCUCUCGAUGCUGAGGACCGCCCGGAAGACGUGCCGCGCCCGUCAGUGGAGCUCUCGCCGGCUCAGGUCCCGGGCUCCCUCAGGCAGCCCACGCAGGGUCCACCCGCAUCCGCGGACCUCCCGAGUCAGUCUGCCUCGACGCCCCUCCAACCGGGCCCCAACGCAGCAGGAAGCGCGCCACAGGCAGCCUCGCAACAAGGAAUGGGCGUGGCUUUGACUGCCCUGCAACCGCCGUCGGCAGGAGGCCGGCGGGUCCUUCGAACGGAGGCUGCAGCUCGGCUUGCCGCGACAGGAAUGUACCGUAGCAUUCAUGUGCAUGUGCCGAAACCCGCGAGUCCACCGCCUAGUGUGGGUUCGGGGCAGGCCGCAGGUUCCUCCGCGUCCGAGGCCGACCCGCAGAGCGCUCCUGCUGCUUCUUCCGGAGCCUACCGGCAAUUCCUCUUCCCGUUUCAGUGGGCUUUUUCUGCACUGAAGAAGGAGAACGCAGCGCCUACCGAUGCUGCGAAAGGGCCAGGAAGGGGGGCGUCUGGCGAGGCGUCUAGUCGGAGGGUUCCGGCUCUGCACACGCGCUCCACGACGUGCGAGGAUCCCGACGCCGAAUCUCACUCGCGGCUGUCUUCGCGGCUCUCGUCAGGGAAAUGCAUCGGAGCUGCACUGGGCAACCCCGCCGGUCCGACGGCAACGCGUGACGCUCCGGCAGCGCACUCCGCAGCCAAGCCAGCAGCAGGUGAAGAGUCGUCCUCCGUGCCCGUCGGCGUAAAGGUGUACGCGAAACCGGGCGCCAGUCUGCAUCCCUCGGUUGCCGUUGCUGCGGCAGCAGCCAAGCCAGCAGCUGUGACUUUCUACACGCAUCUCACGCGAGGAUCGGCCCCUCCAGCCGUCGUGCAGGAUGGCGGCGCAGCGCAGACCAAGGAUCUGCGUGAGCAAGGCCCUUCAGGGGCAGAUCCGCAUAUUUCGAUGCAUGUGCUGCGAGUCUCUCUCUGCGGGAAACGCAUGAUUCUGGAGCAUAAAGGACAGCUAAUGAACAGCCGCGUCGGGGGAGAGGUCCGCCCCUUGACUCAGGCCGACACUGGCGUGCGGGUCGAGGAGUACAAGGAUCACCGGCAACUCGUGUUCAACAUGAAUUCACAGGAACUGGUGCCUUUCAGGGACUUGGCGAUACUCGCGCCAAUCAGUCAAGGCAGCUUCGGGACCGUCUACCAAGCGAAAUGGCAAGGCCGAAUUGUGGCAGUGAAACAGGCGCAUGGUGCGUUGAGUCAGGAGGCGUUGAGGUCGAUUGCGCGCGAAAUGAACUCGUUCCGAUCGAUGAGUACGCAUCCGUACAUCGUAAAGUAUCUAGGUGUCUGCCUUGACAAAGCGUGUGUCGGGAUUGUCAUGGAGUACCUUCCGGGAAGAAGUCUUUUCGACCUUCUCUAUGAGAACAAGGUGUUUGUCGGAGCGGACCGGCGCCUUCACCUUUGCCGACAGCUCGUCCAAGCCGUCCACUACAUGCACCACGAAAAGAAACUUGUCCACAGAGACUUGAAAACAGCGAAUCUCAUCUUUCAUGAAGAGAACGGACUGAAGUUGUGCGACUUCGGGAAGACACGCAAAUUGGAGGCAAGCGGCAAACUCCUCUUGGAUGAUAACGGAGGCUCACCGAGAUACAUGGCACCGGAGUGCUUCGCCGUGGGAGCGCUGAUCGAUGAGAAGGCAGAUAUUUGGGGCCUCGCGUGCUGUCUAAUUGAAAUCUUUGGCGGUCCGAUACCCUUUGAAGAAAUUCACUCCAAUGAAGGCGUGAUUGACGCAAUCAUGUGUAAGAAAUUGCGGCCAUCCGUACCUGGGUGGUUCCACCCGGCCGCAAAAGAACUCUUGGAGCGCUGUUUCGCGUUGUCACCCCGUGAUAGGCCCUCAGCCUGGGAGAUAGCCAAAGCACUUGACGGGCUUACACCAGAAGAUCUGAACAAGUUUGGGAUGAACACGCGAAGAAUGAGAUAA